GGCAACAAUGGUUUUAUUAUGGCGAAGCUGUGGUGUUAUUCUCUCUUCCAGCAUAUUGCAUCAGGCUAGGUGUCUGAUCGAGUGCCUGUGAGUGUAAAUAUAGGAACAUGGACCAGCUGGCUAUAUGCUAAUGGAUGACUGUAACUACUUAAUCGUGGGAUUUUGUAUUUGCUUUAUUUACUGUAUCGCCCCAGAGCCAAAUAAAACCACGUAACUAUAAUUAAUUGCUGCCGUACACCGUUCAGUAAGUUAUCUACAGAGUUGGGUACGCGAGAGUGUGGUGAAGUGUGGCAACCUGAUAUCAAAACCGUACCACGCUUUUGUUGUGACUGGGAAUGUGCUUUAGUCGACUGCUUUUGUUUUUAUAUCAAGCCAAGUUUAAUCUUCAUCAUGCCUAAAGGAGGGAAAAAAGGUGGCCAUAAAGGUCGCAUGAGAACUUACACAAGUCCUGAAGAAAUAGAUGCUCAAAUGAAAGCAGAAAAAGAACGAAAAAAGAAGGAAGAAGAAGAAGGUGCAGCAGUGAACGACAACCAGAGCGAGGACAAACUGACAGCGUCAGGUUCAGGGGACAGUGACGAUGAGGGGUCUGAGAAAAGGAAGGGUGUUGAAGGCUUGAUAGAGAUUGAAAAUCCCAAUCGAGUCGCCCAAAAAGCAAAGAAAAUCACAGACAUAGAACUCGAGGGUCCCAAACAGCUUUCCAGAAGAGAAAGAGAAGAGAUCGAAAAGCAAAAGGCCAAGGAGAGGUAUAUGAAAAUGCAUUUAGCAGGAAAGACAGAUCAAGCUAAAGCUGACCUCGCUCGACUCGCCAUUAUUAGAAAGCAACGCGAGGAGGCUGCACGGAAAAAAGAAGAAGAACGUAAAGCAAAAGAAGCAGCGCAGGCGGUGGCGACAGCGGCUAAAUAACUGCAUACGUUGUCUCUCAAAUAAUCCAAAUAGUGGAUUCUUAGAGGUUUCGAUGCAUUUGUGGACAGUAUACGAUGAUAUUGACAAUGUUAUUUUUGAAGACAAAGCAAAAGAUAAUGUGGAAUCCUAUAACACAGUGUUUCAGUGAAAAGGAAUAUUUCAGAGUAUAUUAACUCAGAAAGCAGGCAUUUAAUUAUCCAAAUAAAAUGCCUUUGUGAGAGCCCUGAUGCUUUCACUAAAGUGGCUAAAUCUUAAUGCUUGCUUUCACUCAGUGAUAUUAGGAAUAUAGACAUAUUUAUUAAUAUAUUAACAUAUUGCCAGAUGUAGCUGAGUCAACUUUGCGAUCUCAGUUUAAAGGAUUAUUGUAAAUAUAAAAACGUAAUAAUCUGUCCUCAGUUGUAAAGGACCUGGUGUCAUUUAGAAUGUAAAGAAUAACAUACACCAAUAAAAUGUCAGAACGUUUUUUUGAAAAUGUAUUUGUAUUAUAUUGUGAAUUGUUUUGUAUAUCUCACUAGUAUUAUUGUA